AUGGGCAAGUCUCUCAUGGAUAAGAUCCAGGCCAAGCUGGAGCUCUUCCGCCUCGAGCAACGCUACACCCGCCGCCGUCAUCGACGUUCCACCUUCGUCUCCAACGCUGUUUACGUCGAUGGCGAGUAUGUCUACCAGACUCCCAACAGCACCGGCUCCUCCUCUGGUUCCUCAAACAUGGACGCUCUCCACGGCGACAAGGCUGGUGUUAACUCCCUGGCCUCUCCAUCCCCCGUCAUCAUUGAUGAGCAUCACUUCCCCUCUGAGUCUCAGCACCAGCAGCAGUUGCAACAACCGCAGAUGCCCACAGCUGAGCGUAAGCGUCUGAACCGCUUCAGCUCCAUCCCUCAUUUUGGUGGCUCAAGCAACAAGCAGAUGCCCAGCAUCCAAGAGCGAAGGAGCAGCAUGAUCCGAUGA